AUGGCCACAAAACCAGGGAUUCUCACCGAUUGGCCUUGGACACCCCUCGGGAGUUUCAAGUACAUAGUAGUAGCACCAUGGGCGAUCCAUAGCAUAUACAAGUUGGUGACAGAUGAUCUAGAGAAGAUAGAUCUCGGGUACUCCCUCGUAUUUCCCUUCCUCCUCCUCAGAAUUCUGCACAACCAGUUUUGGAUCUCUCUCUCCCGUUACUAUACGGUCAAGGGAUCGAGGCGCAUCGUGGACAAAGGUAUCGACUUCAAUCAGGUCGACAGGGAGACUAACUGGGAUGACCAAAUACUGUUCAACGGAGUGCUGUUCUAUACAGGGUUCUCGUUGUUGCCGGAGGCCAAGCAUCUUCCCGUGUGGAGGACUGACGGAGUGUUGAUGACGGCGCUGAUUCACGCCGGACCGGUGGAGUUCCUCUAUUAUUGGCUCCACAAAGCUCUCCACCAUCACUUUCUUUACUCCCGCUACCAUUCCCACCACCAUUCCUCUAUCGUCACUGAGCCCAUCACAUCGGUGAUACAUCCGUUUGCGGAGCACAUAGCAUACUUCAUGCUCUUUGCGAUACCAUUGCUUACGACGUUGCUAACGAAAACGGCUUCAAUAGCCUCGUUUGCCGGAUACAUAAUCUACAUAGACUUCAUGAACAACAUGGGACACUGCAACUUUGAGCUCGUCCCUAAGCGCCUCUUCCACCUCUUUCCUCCCCUCAAGUUCCUCUGUUACACUCCCUCAUUCCACUCGCUGCACCACACGCAUUUCCGGACCAACUACUCUCUUUUCAUGCCCUUGUAUGACUACAUCUAUGGCACAAUGGAUGAAACCUCGGAUACAUUGUACGAGAAGUCUCUAGAAAGAGGAGAAGAUAGAGUGGACGUGGUGCACUUAACUCACCUGACGACGCCAGAGUCCAUAUACCAUUUGCGCAUUGGCUUAGCUUCAUUUGCCUCCUACCCCUUCUCUUAUCGAUGGUUCAUGCGCCUUUUGUGGCCUUUCACCUCUCUCUCCAUGCUCUUCACUCUCUUCUACGCCCGCCUCUUUGUCGCUGAGAGAAACUCCUUCGAAAAGCUCAACUUGCAGUCUUGGAUCAUACCCAGAUAUAAUCUGCAGUACUUGUUAAAAUGGAGGAAAGACGCGAUCAACAACAUGAUUGAGAAAGCCAUACUGGAGGCAGAUAAAAAAGGAGUGAAGGUGCUUAGCCUGGGUCUAAUGAACCAAGGAGAGGAGCUGAACAGGAAUGGAGAGGCGUAUGUCCACAAGCAUCCAGAACUAAAGGUGAGAGUGGUGGACGGCAGUAGAUUAGCAGCAGCCAUUGUGGUCAAUACUUUACCCAAAGCAACUACAAACGUUGUGAUUACAGGCAACCUCACAAAGAUUGUCUACACCAUCGCCUCUGCACUCUGCCAGAGAGGCAUUCAGGUAUCGACUCUGCGUCUCCACGAGUAUGAGAAGCUGAGAUCAUGUAUUCCACGAGAAUACAUAGACCAGUUGGUCCAUAUAACCACUGAAGCACUCUCAGCAAAGAAGGUAUGGCUGGUGGGAGAAGGAACAAGUAAAGAGGAGCAGGAGAAAGCCACAAAAGGAACAUUGUUUAUACCAUUCUCACAGUUCCCCCUCAAGCAGUUACGUGGAGAUUGUAUCUAUCAUACCACACCAGCAUUGGUAGUUCCAAAAUCUCUGGUGAAUAUCCACUCCUGUGAGAAUUGGUUACCGAGAAAGGCGAUGAGUGCAACUAGAGUGGCAGGCAUAUUGCACGCCUUAGAAGGAUGGGAAAUGCAUGAGUGCGGUACAUCCCUUCUUCUCUCGGAGUUGGACCAAGUAUGGAAAGCGUGUCUCAGCCACGGAUUCCAGCCUCUCCUGCUUCCACAUCAUUAG